CAAGGACCCAGAAGGAAAGCAAGCUGAAGAAUAGAGACAUAAACAAAGAAAAAAGCAGUUGAGAGAGAAAGUGUUGAUUUAAUUUGGAGGAGAGAGAAAAGGAAAAAGGGUGUUUUUUGCUCUCUCUCUCUCUCUCUGGUUUGACAUUGGGAAGGAGAAAGAAAGCUCUGUGGUGUUUCAUUGUAGGGGAAGAUAGGGAACACUGCUUCAGCAUUUGGUCUCUCUGUAACUAAGCACAUACCAUAACCAAAUCCUUCCUUUUCUUCUUUGUCUCCUCUUUUGUUUUUUCAGAUAUCAUUUUCCGGCUACUUCGCCGGAAUCCAUUGCCGGAGAGUUUUACUGUUCUUGACCUUUUUCUGUGAAAAUUUGAGGCACUUUCCUCUUUCUUUUGUUUCUCUUUGGGCUUUGUGUUUUGGUGUUUUUUUCGGGAGCUGAUCCGGUUGGUUGCAGUGUGUGUGUGUGAUUAAAGCUGACUUUCUCCAGAACUUUUUGGUUCUUCGAUCUGUUGUGUUUUUCUUUACGCUACUGGAGAUUUCCUUUUCGUUGGAGAAUAUGAACCAGUGAGAUUUUGAGGUUUGGUUUUGGUGUUUUUUUACAACUAUUCAAUCGCUUGAGGAGCCCUAAGUACGGCGGAGAACAAUGAAGACGCCGGCGAACGGUGUCGCCUCCUCCGCCGCCGCGCCUAAUUCCUGCGAAGGUGGAUUGGAGAAGAAGAUCAUAAAUCCGGAGUUAUGGCAAGCGUGCGCCGGUCCACUGGUGAACCUACCGCCGGCCGGUUACCACGUAGUGUAUUUCCCUCAGGGCCACAGCGAACAGGUUGCAGCAUCUUUAAAGAAAGAUGUGGAUGCUCAAAUCCCAAACUAUCCUAAUCUUCCUUCCAAGUUACUAUGUCUGCUUCAUAAUGUAACAUUACAUGCUGACCCAGAAACUGAUGAAGUAUAUGCUCAAAUGACACUACAACCAGUUCCUUCUUUUGACAAGGAUGCAUUGUUGAGAUCUGAUCUAGCUCUCAAGUCUAAUAAGCCUCAACCAGAGUUCUUCUGUAAAACAUUGACUGCAAGUGACACAAGCACUCAUGGGGGGUUCUCCGUGCCACGCCGUGCUGCUGACAAGAUCUUCCCCCCUCUUGAUUUCUCAAUGCAACCACCUGCACAAGAGCUUGUUGCUAAGGAUCUACAUGAUACUGUAUGGACUUUCCGUCACAUAUAUCGAGGUCAACCGAAACGACAUUUGCUGACAACAGGAUGGAGCUUAUUUGUUAGUGGCAAGAGACUUCUAGCUGGUGAUUCAGUUUUGUUCAUAAGAGAUGAAAAACAACAGCUUCUAUUGGGCAUUAGGCGAGCGAAUAGGCAACCGACAAACUUGUCAUCAUCAGUGUUGUCGAGUGAUAGUAUGCACAUUGGUAUUCUUGCAGCUGCCGCCCAUGCUGCUGCAAACAACAGCCCUUUUACUGUCUUUUACAACCCAAGGGCAAGUCCUUCAGAAUUUGUCAUUCCUCUAGCCAAAUACUAUAAGGCGGUGUCUGCGAACCAAAUAUCGCUUGGUAUGCGCUUCCGAAUGAUGUUCGAGACUGAAGAGUCUGGAACGAGAAGGUAUAUGGGCACUAUCACAGGUAUAAGUGAUCUUGAUCCUGUCAGAUGGAAGGGCUCACAAUGGCGUAAUCUACAGGUCGGGUGGGACGAGUCGACAGGAGGAGAACGACGAAACCGAGUCUCGAUAUGGGAGAUUGAACCGGUUAUUGCUCCCUUUUUCAUUUGCCCCCCUCCUUUCUUUAGAUCAAAACGUCCAAGACAACCAGGAAUGCCAGAUGAUGACUCCUCUGAUUUGGAUAGUAUAUUUAAAAGAACAAUGUUUGGUGAUGAUUUCUGCAUGAAAGAUCCGCAGGGAUAUCCCGGCCUAAACUUAGUUCAAUGGAUGAAUAUGCAAAACCCUUCACUCUCCAAUAUGCAGCCAAAUUAUAUGCAUUCAUUUUCUGGAUCUAUGCUUCCAAACCUUGGCGGAGUCGAUAUUUCUCGACAACUUGGCAUGUCGAAUGCACAAAAUCCUCAAUCAAAUAACAUACAGUUCAAUGCACAAAGGCUACUUCCUCAAGCUCAACAGUUAGAUCAGCUACCUAAGAUACCAUCGACUAUGAACUCAAUGGCAUCCGUCGUGCAGCCACCGCAACAGUUCGAUGAUAUCUCUCAGCAGACACGGCAGAAUGUCGUCUCGAGCCAGAUUCAGUCUCAAAUAAUGCAGCAGCCUCAUGCUAAUGGGAUCUUACAGCAGCAAACCUCUUUGCAAAACCAGCAGCUUCAAAGAAGCCUCCCUCAGAACAUGCUAAUGCAGCAGCAUCAGCAAAUUUUGGGGCAGAAUCAACAGCAGAAUAUGAACCAGCCACCGAUCCCGGAUCAGUCGAAUCAUCCGUUGCAAAUGUCUGAUAAUCAGAUUCAAAUGCAGAUGAUGCAAAAGUUUCAGCAACAGCAGCAAUCACUUUUGGCUCAGCAGUCUGUUCUUCAGCCUGCUCAACUUGCCCAACUCCCGGAACAGCAGAGCUUUUCGAUAUCCAUGUCAACUAACCAAACGAUCGAUGUACCUCAAUCUGCCCCAGCUGCAGGCCCUCCUCCAUCAGCACAGCAGGCACCAAAGAGCCAUAGCUCAAAUCAGCAUUUGCAGCCAAAAUUCCCACAGUUACAGCAACAGCCUCAUGAUAUGUCUAGGCCAAUGGGACAUAACAAUCAGUUCUCUGCAGCUACUAGUAGUGUAAUAACAGGAGCAGCAGGGGCAGGUCAAUCAGGAAUCACUGAUGACAUACCAUCAUGCUCCACAUCUCCUUCCACAAACAACUGUCCAAGUUUGGUUCAACCUGUAACGAACGGACGCCUACAUCGAACCACCGGAUUAGUCGACGAUGUUGCUCAAUCUGCUGCUACAAUAUUCAGUACCAACACCUUGGAUAGCAUAUCACCAAAUGCCAACUUGGUUAAAAACAUACCACACAAGGCUGCUGUUAAACCUUCACUGAAUAUCUCCAAGAAUCAAAGCCAUGGAGUUUUGACACAACAGACCUUCUUGACCGGUGCUGUUCCACAGACAGAGUUCUUGGACACAUCGUCGUCAACAACGUCGGCUUGUCUUUCCCAGAAUGAUGCUCAGCUGCAGCAGAAUAAUAUAAUGUCUUUCAACUCACAGCCCAUGUUGUUUAGAGAUGGUUCACAGGAUUUGGAGCCACCAACGGAUCUUCAUAACAUUCCUUAUGGGACUAAUGUUGAUGGACAAUUGGUAGCACAUUUAAAUUCAGAUCCUUUGUUGAACAAAGGCAUUGGAGGGUUGGGGAAAGAUUUCUCCAAUAAUUUCUCUUCUGGAGACAUGCUUGCCACAUAUGACGCACAGAAAGAUCCUCAACAGGAAAUCUCUUCUUCUAUAGUUUCACAAUCAUUUGGUAUUCCGGAUAUGACAUUCAAUUCCAUGGAUUCAACGAUAAACGACAGUUCCUUCUUAAAUAGAAACCAAUGGGCCCCUCCACCUCCUUUUCAACGUAUGCGAACCUAUACCAAGGUGUACAAACGUGGAGCUGUUGGGAGAUCUAUUGAUAUUACUCGCUACUCGGGCUACGAUGAGCUUAAACAAGAUCUCGCCCGUCGGUUCGGUAUCGAGGGGCAAUUGGAAGACAGGCAAAAGAUAGGCUGGAAACUUGUUUAUGUGGAUCAUGAAAACGAUGUUUUACUUGUAGGCGACGACCCUUGGGAGGACUUUGUGAACUGUGUACGAAGCAUCAAGAUCCUCUCCCCACAAGAAGUCCAACAAAUGAGCUUGGAUGGAGAUUUUGGCAACGGUGUCCUACCUAACCAAGCCUGCAGUAGCUCAGAUGGUGGAAACGCUUAAGCACACAGCCUAAACGCUGACAUUCCCUUCUAUUGGUUACUGAUUCUUAUAACUCUUAGCUCAAAGUUCAUAGCUUCAUAUAUCACUACGGCUACGAUUCCCUGUUAGCAAUGGAGGAGAUAUUAUAGGCAACCAACACUCACUCAGCAAUAGCUUAGUCAUUGUCUGGUUAAAUUUUCUUGAAACUCUUAGCCUAAGACAACUUUAGAAGCAUAGUUGAGUAGAAGUUGAAGUGGAGAGAAAAGUGAAGGUUCAUCUGGGUUGGAGUUGUCUUGUCAUGGAAGGUGGUAUAUUAUUCACCGAUCUGAUAUUAUAUAGUUUAUGAUAGCGUUGCCAUUGUUGUAACAAGAGCUGAUCUUGUUUGCCACGCCGUAAUGUUGUAUUAUUGUGAUGCAGUUUAGCUAGCAAAAGUAUGAAACUUUGUAUCCUUAGAUUUUGCUUGUAAAUUAGAAAAGAUGUGCAGGUUUUCUUUCCUAGUCUAAUGAGAAAUGGCUUAUAUGCAAUUUUUUU